CACAGUUGUUACGUUCAAUAGAAUGUAAAGUUCUUAUUUAUUAAAUGACUACCGAAAGGAUUAAGAGUCCGGUUUAUUCUGAAUCCAGUCCGGGAAGUCAUAGCUCCCGCGUGCUGCAGACUGCUAAAGUAGGCUAGUACUAAACUCUACCAGCUAACCGCUAGCUUCUGCUAAUGUCUCCAUUAACCCUUAGCUGCUGCUACUAUCCCCGUUAACCUUCAUGUUGUUCUUCGUCCUAACGUGGAGUUUUAUUCAGCAGCACGCAGACGGUUUAUAACGGGAGACGUAUUCGGGGACAUCGAUUAGGUGGAUCUGCUACGCCGACUGGCACCAAGUCUGCGCUAAGCUAACCGUUAGCCUUUCAGCCAAAAUGGCGGAUAACGAGGAUGACAGCAGUUCGACCAGAACAAUAACAACAGCGGAGCCGCCGGUGCCCGGAACUCAGCCCGACGACAGUGUACCGGCCGGUUCCGGAGCUCAGCUAACCGACGUGUUGCAGAACUGCCCAGGACAACCGAACCUCCUGGUAGGCCCAGAUUUCAGCAAUUUGGGGCCAGACCUGGUUAACACGACCACUAUCAUCUACGUGCAGCCGGACGGCAGCCUGGUGGAGGGUUCUGGGCUGUCCGAAGAGGAGCAGCAGGUUCUGCUGGAGCAGCUGACCAAGCAGCAGAUCGUCCAGGUCUCCGACACAGAGGCUGCCCAGUUGCUCCAGCAGAGCCAGCUGGUGAAAACCAUCCCGGUCCAGAACACGGCCCUGGACCCGAGCCAGCUGCAGCAGGUCAUCAACCAGGUCACCAAGUCUCAGCAGCAGCUCCAGGUCCCCCAGCAUGCUCUGAACCAGCAGAAGCAGGUCCAGGACCCUCAGCAGGACUUUAAGCCCACCCACCAGAACAAUGCUUCCCAGCAGCUGAAGAGCGUUGCCCAGCAGGUCUCCAUGCAGACCGGAAGCUCCGUGCAGCUGGUCCAGAAGAAGUCGGAGCCCGUCAGGAUCCAGAUCCAGGUUCCCCCCAGAAAGGAAGUGAAGUCUGUCUCGGGUGUAGCUGUCAAUCAUCCACAGAUGAAGCUUUUGGCCAAUGGUAGUAUGAGCAGCGCUCAGGUCAUCCACAUCCAACCUGUUGUUGGUCAGCCGGGUCAGCAGUUCUUCCUGCAGCAGAACCCCGGGGACCCCCCCAUCCAGUUGCUGCUGCAGAGCCCCGCCCCCUCUGUGGGAUCUCUGCUCCCAUUGGUUCACAAGCUCACGGGCCAGACAACAUCAGCAUGCACCAACCCGAGUCAGAAACCCACAAUGUCCCCUAUCAGAGCUCAGACCACCUCUAUGGCCAAGAGCCCGGCGUCCUCCGCCCCGCUACCCAAAGGUCCAGCUAACGGUACCAUGGCCGUGGCUAGUAAGAGUUCAGGUGAACUACCCACCGUCAUGGCGACAGCAGAGACCCCCACGCCUACCACAGUGGCCCCGCCCCAAGCAGUAAAGGACAGGGAGAAAGAGAAGAAGUCCAAGAAGAGAGAGAAGAGAGCGGUAAAGGUCCAGACCAGAUCUGGUCGAGUCUCCAGACCGCCAAAGUACAAAGCCAAGGACUACAAGUUCAUAAAGACGGAAGACCUGGCAGACGGCCACCAGUCCGACUCCGACGAUUACUCUGAUGUGAGCGUGGAGGAAGAGGAUGGCGGCAGGAAGGACGGUCCAGCCCCCGGCGUGUCUCUCACCUACAGCCACAAGUCCCGGUCCCACCGCUGCCAGACCUGUGACAAGGCCUACAUUGGUCUGGGAGGCCUGAACCGGCAUUACAAACUGAACCCGACCCACGGAGAGCCUGAUCUGCCCGACAACGCACCACAACCCCUCAGAGAUGACAGCCAAUCACAGGAAUUGGAAACAAAAGGUGUCAUAGAGGAGGGGGAGGACCGGGAGGAGGAGAGGACAACAGAGGGCAAACCUGUUGACGCAGCAUCAAACAGAGUGGGUCCAGUACCUGCUGUAGGACUCAGGGGCCUCAAUCCCCGGGGCCCUGGCAGGCCUCGGGGGAGAGGGAGGGGGCGAGGCCGGGGGCGAGGGCGAGGCAGAUCACUGGGACCGCUUCCUAAGGUGCAGAUGGGCCUUGUCAGUAGGCGGGGCCGUCGCGGUCGACCUCCAAAGCUGGCUGUCUCCAUGGUUACCGCAGAACAGCUGGUGGAGAGGCGACGAGACAGGCUGCAGGAGCUAGUGCAGCAGUGUGAGGAUGAAGAGCUGAUGGAUGUUGUUCUUCCUCGUUUGACCAAGGUGUUGAGUCUGUGGGAGGUGCUUUUGGCAAAGGUGGAGGGCAGCGGUCCGGCUCGGACUCGGUUUCCAGAGAUCUACCGUGAGUUUGAGUCCCUGCAGGCGCAGGUGAGACAGGCCGCUCAGGACUACAUCAUCAGCCCGCAGGGCGGGGUUACACCCCUGGAGGUCAGGAACAUCGAGGUUGCCAGGUCGCUGGGGAUCCUGGACGAGGUGAACAGGAUGAAGGUGCUUCCUGGAGCGUCUCCCAGCUCCAGUCUGACCAAUAAGAAUGUCCGAUACAUGGAGAACUCCAAGAUGUUGCCGCCUUCAAAGAGAUUCAAGAUGGAGAACAGCGUUCCAGUUCACCAGAAUGGCAUAGAGAGGCACAGAGCAGUGACCCCUGCGACCUCUGUGCCCUCCUCUCUGAAGCCCUGCUCGGUCUCUGUCUCGCCUCUGGUAAUUCCAGCUGGAUCCAAACUGCUGACCACCAGUGCCGACCCUGCCUCUAGCUCCUCUGGUUCUAAGCCGCCCUCCACCCAGGCUCUGCCCCCUUUCAUGCCCAUGGAGGUGAGUCCAAGGGAGGACCUUGGGAUUAAGCUUCUGCCUAAAGUCCAGGCGAAGGCCUCAAAGACAAACCAGGACCAGGUCUUGAGCACCAGUGACAUCACAGCCCAAAUGAAGGAGGUGAAGAAAGCUUUGGGUUCAAGUCCUGAGACGAACAUAGAACCAAAGAAACCUGAUUUCAGCUCCACUCCUGAGACUUGCUCCGUCCAGACUGUGGCUUCCACCCAGUCCGGCUCAGCAGACCCCUGUGAGUCCAAAGAGCUGCAGGAGGGGCAGGAGAUCUACAUCCAGACCGAGGGCCUGACUGUUCAGCUGGCAGAGCCCGGUGUGGACCGGAUCGUGAUUGUCAACGGGCCAGACGGGACCACAAUGCACAUACAGACACCGGAGGGGGUCCCAUUGGAGGCGGUCCAGGCCCUGCUGGGCAUUGAGGGCAAAGCGCCUCAGUGAACCUUUAACGGAAUCCUGACUGAUCAAGACCAGAAUCUGACCAGAACCACAUCACGAUGGCAGAGAAAUACUUAGUUCUUGUUUAGUAUUUGUAAGGUUUACAAAGUAAAUGCUGCACAUAAUAACUGUGGAUCAAAUGAAGCCAGCAACCUGAAGGGGGAACUAUUUGAAGAGCUGACAAAAAAAGACUUUGGUUUUUUUUUCUCUCUCCGAUCAUCAAACAUCAGAUCUGGUGUUUAUUUUGUUUUGGCCAUAACUAAUAUUUAAAGAUAUUAAACAGAAACCCUGACAAACAAAUGCAGCAUCUAAAUAUCAGCGCCAAUAUUAUUGCUGCUUUACUCGUAUUGGUUGUUUACGUUCCUUUGGUUCCCAGCUGUGAUGAUGUCAUCGCUCUGGGGAAAAACCUGCUGUUUUUAGAAGGAAUUGUAGAUUUGUAAACUAAUGCUCCCUCUCACCGCCAGUGUUUCAGACAUUAAACUUGUUCAUUUCAAAAUAGAAACUGAUCAGUUGGCUGUUUAUAUGUAGGAUAUAAAAAAAAGUUUAAAAAAAUUGCACUAUUUUAUUACUUUUUAUAAAACAUACAUUUUCCAAAUGUAAACUGGAGGUUUGUACUUGUUUAGAGAAAAGACUGUGAAUGAAGGAAAGGAAAGUGAAUCGGUUGUUGGUGGCGUUCUGAAUGCAUUAAACACAUUUCAUGUUCCUCCAAUAAACGGAUGUGACUCA